AUGGUGUCGCUGCGCAGCCUCCAGACGCUGCGUCGUGCGGCCGUGCGCGUGGCCGGCAACCGCCUGGCGCCGCUGCAGACAUUGCCGACGCGCGCCUUCUCGCAGGCGCACACCCCCACGCAGAACGUGGAUCCCAAGGACAUCCUGCGGCCCGAGGUGCCCGUGGACGCCAAGCCGCAGCUGUCGCUGGAGCACGAACUGCCAGGCCUGCCCCAGCUCAAGCCCGCGAGCCAGCUCAAGCCCCCACAGACGGAGAUCUCGGUGCUGCCCUCGGGUCUGCGCGUCAUCUCGCAGGAGACGUACGGCCAGGCGGCCACGCUCGGCAUCUUCAUCGACGCCGGCAGCCGCUUCGAGGACGACGACAGCGUGGGCGUGAGCCACCUGCUGGAGCACCUCGGCUUCAAGAGCACCACGUCGCGCUCGCACGCGCAGCUGGUGCAUGAGAUCGAGGACAUCGGCGCCCUCACGACGUCCUCGUGCGGCCGCGAGCAGAUCAUCUACACGAUCGACCUGCUGCGCGACAAUGUGGAGAAGGGCCUGGAGCUGCUGGCCGACGCCAUCCUCAACGUGGACCUCGUGCCGGAGGAGAUGGAGGGCAUCAAGGCCAUCAUGCGCAUCCAGACCGAGGACCUCAUGGAGAACCCGCCGGCCAUGCUGCAGGAGUUCAUCCACGCGGCCGCCUACGGAGCCGACACGCCGUUGGGACGCCCGCUGCAGUGCCCGCUAGACAAGAUCGACGCGCUCACGGUGGAGAAGGUCAAGAAGUUCCGCGCCGAGCACUUUGUCGCGCAGAAGAUGGUUCUUGCCGGAUCGGGCGUCGACCACGCGCGACUGGUGAAAUUCGCCGAGAAGUUCUUCGCCAACGUCCCCGUUGCGCCGGAGGGUACGCCCAUGGCGACGCCCUCGAGCCCCGAGACGCUGGAACCGGUGAUCUACAAUGGGGGACUGUACCCGCUUUCGAACCCGGAGUCCGAGUUCUCGUACGCGGCGCUGGCGUUCCCCACGGGUGGCUGGCACCACGAGGAUCUCGUGCCGAUCUGUGUGCUCCACACGCUGCUGGGCGGUGGUGACAGCUUCUCUGCCGGUGGCCCUGGCAAGGGCAUGUACUCGCGGUUGUACACGAGCGUGCUGAACCGCUUCUACUGGGUCGAGUCCGCCUUCGCCUUCUCGUCCAUCCACGCGGACGUCGGUCUGCUCGGUAUCUACGGCGCCUGCCUCCCGUCGCACACCAGCAACCUCGUGGCGCUGUUGUGCAACCAGAUGCUGAGCGUCGCUAACCGGCCUGUCGACGCGAUCGAGCUCGCGCGUGCCAAGAACCAGCUCAAGUCGUCGGUGCUCAUGAACCUCGAAUCCCGCAUGAUCCUGUACGAAGACAUUGGUCGUCAGCUGCUCACGUACGGCGAGCGUGAGACGCCCGAGUCUGUGUGCGCCAAGAUCGACCAGGUCACGGCUGCAGACAUCCAGCGAAUUGUGAAGGAGGCCAUGCAGAACCCGCCUAGCCUCGUUUACUCCGGAGACAUCCCUCGGUUCCCGCAGUACCAGCAGGUCGUUGCUGGCAUUAAGGAAGGGCUGAGCGAGUGA